AUGAUGUGCACGCCAUGGACAACGAGGGAUUGGGCAUCAUGUUUCUUGGCUUGUAGAUUCCCAGAUGAUGAACCAACUACAUACCACCCUUCAUCACCUCAAUUGCCGAUUAAAAACAUAGGUUUCGACACAAUGGGUGAUAGUAGAGUCGUUCAAAGCAGCAAAAAGAUGUCACAGCACAAAAGUCGGCGCUAUAAUGAAAGACAACCAAAACAGCCUAAAGACACCAAUAUUCCAAUUGAAAAUGGCCCUGAUGAUGACUCACGCUGGCAACUUUUUUCAGAUGAAGACUACAUAGUCUUAUGCUUAAGAGACGAUGGACCAUUCAACGUAGUCAAGGAUGGCAAGCCAGAAACUACCAAUCGCUUUAACUACACGUCCACAAGUAGUCCGCGACCUGUAAACCGAAAGGAUAAAGAAGAGACCAUAUACUUUGAUAUAGAAGCGUCUACAAACAACAUCAUAAGGAGAUAUCAAAUUGAUCAUGAGGUUGAUGACUGCAGCCUAGUGUCAAUAGAAUCAAGUAGUGAAUCCAAUCAAUCGGAUGGCAGCACCUGCUCUUUUGCCUUCCCAGUGUUGGGUUGGGAAUGGAUGGGAAGUCCUGUGCAAAUGCCAAAAUCAAAGGGCUUGCAGUUAAGGAAGCACAAGGCCUGCUGCGUGGGCUUUCAAUGUUUUAGAGUAAGAAAGUUGCAUCCUCUCUGA